AAUUUUGAAAUUGUUUAGAGUUUAGACUUUAUUUUUAUUUAUUUUUGCUAAAAAAAAUGCGUAUAAAACAUUUUAAGUGCUAAAAUGAGUAUUACUUUCAGCUAUAAAAAUCUACGAUUAAUAGACCAUUGUGACUUUAUAGCAAAUGCUUUUAAAAAUGAAAAUAGUGAACGUUUACUUUUUACUAUUAACAAAAACUUAUUUUGUAUAAAAAGUAUUAGCAAACAUGCGUUAGUUAAUAAAAAGAGAACACGCGAAUGUGAUCAAGUUUUACAAGAAACAGCUAAAAUAAAGAAUAUGUACAAUGAACUAUUAACACAACUACCAUCAGAUGUUAUAUUAGAUGUAAGAGAAAAAUAUGAUUUACUGGAGACAUCAGAAGUGAGGGAUUUAGCCCAGAAAUACUUUGAAUCAACAGUAUUUGAUCACCAUGGGUUGAGUGGUGGCAAUAAUUCUGAUGCAGCACUGAAAUGUAAGGUCAAGGAUGAAUAUUAUCUGAUUCCUCAGAAUUCCAGAUUCUUCUGUGGUUGUGUGAAAGAGCAAUGUGCUAAAUUGAAUGGCACUAAAUAUGAUAUAUUGAUAGCUGACCCUCCUUGGUGGAAUAAAUAUAUCAGAAGAUUGAAAGGUGCCAAUGAUAAAUUGAGUUAUUCCAUGAUGUACAAUGAAGACAUAGCAUCAGUACCAGUAAAAGAACUGCUAUCAGAAAACUGUCUGGUAGCUGUAUGGUGUACAAAUGCACCAAGUAACAUUAAUGCAAUAAAAGAUCUCAUAUUUCCCAAAUGGGGUGUAGAAUAUGUGACAACUUGGUAUUGGUUAAAGCUGACCAUAGAUUUUAAACCACUAUGUGAGUUUAGCAGUGGGUGUAAGAAGCAGCCAUUCGAGAGAGUUCUUAUAGGAAAAGUUGGCAAUGUGCGUGUGCCCAGUGACUUAUUGGUUGCUAGUAUUCCCAGUGCAUUGCAUUCACAUAAACCUCCAUUAUUGGAUCUCCUUACACCCUGCAUCGACAUAGAGAAGCCAAAGAUAUUGGAGCUGUUUGCGCGGUACCUCCUCCCCAACACAACCAGUGUGGGCUACGAACCUUUAAAAUGGCAACAUUUGUCACUGUACGAGGAAAUAAGCUGAUAAUUAAGUACACUUAUUUUAUUUAAUAAAUGGCUAUUUUAUUACA